UGGCAAUUGUUCAGGGAACCAACGCGCACGCCACAACCAAGUACCACCGUCCAAACGAUAACAAAAUCGUAUCGUUACCAGUACCAAUGGUACACACACUCACACCAACUCACACCGUCGACCAGCAGGAUUAACCCAGACCCAACAACCCGAAUACCUUUAUGUCUUCAGUUUUAUUCGCGGCCUCCAAACGUACGGUACCACUGAAAAUGUCGGCUCACUGAAAACUUAACCUAUAAAAGCGAAAAGUACCGAUUGCUAGAGAACGCGUUUUGGUUUGGUUCUGGUUAUAAACAAACAUGCUGUAAGGGGAUAUGUGGAUAUUCAUUACUUCAUUGUAGAAUAUAUCAGUGAUUUCAUUGAAAAGAAUGAAAUAAAAUUUGCCCUUAGUGGAGAAUGACUGAAUAGGAUCCACAAUGACUAUAACAUCUUUAAAUAUCAGUGAUGGUACUGUGAAAAGGAAAAGAUUUCCGAACCUUAAGAAACGACACAUCCUCGGAGCCGCAGCCCUAGUAAUAGUGAUCGUUCUAAUAGUUGUUGCGUAUUUCACUGGAGUCUUCAACAGUCCUAAAUCAGGCGGAGAGAAUGCGUUGGUUCCCGCCGAUCCCACAAAAGCACUUCCUCCGUCGGCAUCUGUCAUGCGGGUGUUCAAAAGGGCGGCUGUGUGCGCCGAUUCGGCCGUUUGUGCUCAAGUAGGCAAAGAUAUCUUGGAAAAAAAUGGAACAGCUGUAGAUGCGGCCAUAGCAACGUUAUUUUGCAAUGGGGUGGUUACCAUGCAGAGUAUGGGAUUAGGAGGAGGAUUCUUGAUGACCAUCUACAAAAGAGAUGAGAAAAAGGCCUAUUUUCUGAACGCUAGAGAAAAAGCACCUAUAAAUGCCAAAAAUGAACUUUACAAAGAUAACGAGAAGACCUCACAAAAUGGUCCACUGGCGAUAGCUGUUCCAGGGGAACUGAAAGGUUACUGGGAACUUCACAAGCGAUUUGGAACAUUGAAAUGGGAGGAAUUGAUACAACCUACGAUAGAUCUUUGUAAUAACGGAUACAACAUGACCAUGCAUCAAUAUACUUCACUUUUCAAGAACAAAAUCAACUACGAUGACGAAAAUUUUAAAGAAUGGUUUAAGGAUGAUAAGGGCAAUUUUAGAACAGCUGGAUCGAAAAUAAUACCAAGAAAACUUUGUAAAACCUUAACACUAAUAGCACUAAAUGGAGGUGAUUCCUUGUAUAAUGGAACUCUAUCAAAAAUGUUCUUGGAAGAUAUCAAAGAGAUUGGUGGAAUAAUUACUGCUGAGGACUUGGCACAAUAUGAGGCUCAAUGGAUGGAUCCAGUUUCAGUACAAUUUAAAAACUCCGAUACAUUGUAUACAGCUCCGCCUCCUGGGUCUGGAGCAAUUCUAGGCUUCAUUAUGGGCAUCCUGGACGGAUACAACUUCAACGGGAAGAGCGUAAGCAACCUGAACAGAACGAUAACAACCUACCACAGAAUAAUCGAAUCGUUCAAGUACGCCUACGCCAAAAGGACCGAAUUGGGUGAUACGAACUUUGUCAAUAUUAGUGAGUUGUUGGCUAAUUUAACGUCUAAAGAAUAUGCUGAAAACAUAAGGAAACAAAUAGUAGACAAUGCCACUUUUGAUGACCCAAAACACUAUGGAGCAGUAUUUUACGAUAAAGGGGACCAUGGAACAGCCCACAUAUCAAUUGUAGACCAAAAUGGCGAUGCUGUUUCGGUCACUAGUUCUAUUAAUCUUUACUUUGGUGCAGGUAUGACCUCGAAACAAACGGGCAUAAUCUUCAACAGUGUGAUGGACGAUUUCUCGUUUCCAUACUUUAAGAACUACUUUGGUAUUCCUGGCUCUCCCAACAACGAGAUGAAGCCAGGAAAGCGACCUCUGUCGUCAAUGAGCCCAACAAUUAUUGUCGAUAAAAAUUCGGACACAAAGAUGGUAGUGGGAGGCUCAGGAGGAACUGUCAUAACGACAUCUGUAGCUUGGACUAUCAUUAGAUCGUUAUGGUUUGGUGAAAACAUCAAAGAAGCUGUUGAUGCUCCAAGGAUACACCACCAGCUCUACCCUAUGCUAGUGAGGUACGAGUAUGGAGUACUACAGCAAGUAGUAGAUGGUCUUAAAGCUCUCGGCCACAAGAUGAAAAGAGAAUUAGUGUCGGUGGUUUGUGCACUCACAAAGGACAAGGACAGGAUAAAUGCCAAUGCAGACCAUCGAAAAGGAGGCGACGUAUAUGGACUAAGUUGAAGAAACCUUUUAUUCAAUUCGUUACAACUUUUAAUAAAUACGUGAGCUCAAAAUUAAUCCACAUAUUUUGUCGAAGGAAGGGGUGUUAAAUUUGAAAUUGCUGUUUAUAUUUUGUUUUUAUUCUGUGACAAUGCUUUAUAGUAAUAAUAAAAGAAAAAAUAUUUUGAAACAGUUUUAAUAACCAAAAAUUAAUUUGAAAAUGAUAAAAUCUUUCUUUAAAACUUAACAGGCUUUUUAUAGCAUGCAUAGAAAACGCUUACUAUCACUAUUAUCCUACUUUUACAACAUAGAUUCUCGA